AUGCCAUUGUGUUUCAUGUCUGCAGAGGUCGAGUGCGAUCAUAAGGCCAGAGGACAGGAAUGUCUCGAUAAGGUGUGUCAGAUGUUGGGUAUCAUAGAAGUCGAUUAUUUUGGUUUGCAAUAUAUGGGCCAAAGGGGCGAAAUGUUGUGGAUUAACAUGAGAAACCAAAUCAAGCAACAAAUGACUGGCGCUAACACUCCACUCAGGUUUCAAUUAAAAGUCAAGUUCUUUGUUCCGCCACAUCUGCUGCUCCAAGAAGUGACCAGGCACCAAUUCUACAUUAGUAUUGUUCAGGACCUACAAGAGGGUCGUUUGAGGGUCACUGAUAGACAGUUAGCCAUCAAAUUGGUAGCAUUGAUAGCACAGUCAGAAACGGGUGAUUUCGACUCCGAAGUGACCUCUGCUUUGCUGUCAUAUCGGAAGUGGAUUCCACUUUCAAUACUAGAGACUGAAGUUUUGUGUAGUUCUCCGACCCUUCAGAGGAAAGGCAAGCGAAGGAAACACCACUCGGGCUCUUCCGGGCCUGAGAUUAGCUCUGAAAAUGAAGAAUCAUUUAGUGAUAUGGAGUCAAACUCGUGGACAACCACUUCGUUGAAUCAAGUGUUCAAUAGCACUGAGUUCUCGAGUCUCACGAAUAGUAUUAUUCAAUAUCACCAGAAACUUGAGUCCACGAAACCAAUGCACGCCAAGUACCUGUUUCUACAAGAAGUGGCAAAUCUCGAAGAUAUUGGAGUCGAAUAUUUUUUCGUCAAACUCAACAAUAACUCUGAAGAUCCCUACAAAAUAGGUGUCGGCCCUAAAGGAGUCACUAUUGUUUGCGAGCUAACAAAUGAAGUCAAAUAUACGUGAGUUUUGCUUUUAUUCACAAUUAGAUUCGGGACUUAAAUCUCUUAUAGA